AUGGAGCCGACUCAAUCCAAUGACGUUCAGGAAUACCCACAAACCCUGAUCUCAGAGCCCAAAGAUUGUCUCAUGCAAGACGGCAACGAGUCCCUGUUCGAUUCGAUGGUUUGCGACUCCACUUCAAGGCUCAUCCCAACCGGGUUUACCAGAAACGCGGAAGAGGAAUGCUUAAUGUUUGUAAAUGCUGGAGGGGAUGCUUUCAGUGAAGCAUCAGGUGGAGUAACGUUCCUGGGUGACACCUAUUUUGAUGGUGGCUACGUUCUGCGUACCGAUGAGCGAAUAGUGGAGGGUGGCGACUACUCAUUUAUCUAUCAAUCAGCUCGGUUCGGAAGCUUUUGUUAUAGGUUUGAUAAUAUUCCUCCCGGAGACUAUUUUGUUGAUCUACAUUUUGCGGAGAUCAUUAUCAUAAAUGGGCCAAAAGGAAUGAGGGUGUUCAAUGUUCUGUCUGAAUUGGAUAUCUAUGCAGUUGUUGGAGCCAAUAAGCCACUACAGUUGGUUGAUUCAAGGGUGUCUGUGAAGGAUGAUGGGUUGAUUCUCAUAAGAUUUGAAGGUAUAUUUGGAAGCCCAGUCGUUAAUGGGAUUUGCAUUAGGAGAGCAACGAAGGACUCUGUUCCACCAGUGACAAGUGAUCACAUUAAAUGUAGCUACUGUGCAGCACAGAUUGAAAUUCCUUCCUCCCAGAUGAAAGAUAUGCGGGCAAAGUCUACAGCAAAGUAUGAGAGUAAGAUAAAGGAGCUCACAAUGCGGUGUGAGCUCAAGGCUAAAGAAUGCUAUGAGGCAUGGAUGUCAUUAGCUGCUACAAAUAAGCAAUUGGAGACAGUCCAUAUGGAACUUGACAAACUGACAAUUAAGUCAUACGCUACAUAUCAAACUGUGGAGAAACAAGCUGAAAGCCUGAGGAAUAUUUCUUAUAGGUAUGAGCUUGAUAAGAAGAAAUGGGCAGAUGAAAUUAACAGUUUACAAGAAAAAAUAAAGUUGAUAAAAAGUGAUUAUUCAAAACUUUCCUUGGAAGCGCAUGAAUGUGUUGAUUCGAUUCCUGAAUUAAAUAAGAUGGUUUUUUCUGUUCAGGAGUUGGUUAAACAGUGUGAAGAUCUCAAAGUGAAGUACAACGAAGAGAUGACAAAGAGAAAGAAACUCUUCAAUGAAGUUCAAGAGGCUAAAGGGAACAUUCGGGUUUUCGGUCGAUGUCGUCCAUUGAAUAACGCUGAAAUCUCAGUUGGGUGCAAUACAGUUGUGGAUUUUGACGCAGCAAAGGAUGGAUGCCUUGGAAUUUUGACAAGUGGCUCCACCAAAAAAUCAUUCAAAUUUGACAGAGUUUUUACACCAAAAGAUGAUCAAGUUGAUGUUUUUGCUGAUGCAUCAUCAAUGGUGAUCUCUGUACUGGAUGGCUACAAUGUUUGCAUCUUUGCUUAUGGGCAAACAGGAACAGGGAAGACAUUCACCAUGGAAGGAACACCGCAGAACAGAGGAGUAAAUUACAGGACUCUUGAGCACUUGUUUAAAGUUAGUAAGGAAAGGAGUGAAACUUUUUCAUAUGACAUAUCUGUUAGUGUGGUUGAGUCUAAGCAGGAAACUGAAGUAGCUGGAAUGACUUAUCUUGAAAUGGUUAUCAGGUUGGAGGUAAAACAAGCUUCUGAAGGAUUUCAUCAUGUUCCUGGUGUUGUAGAAGCCAAGAUUGAUAACAUAAAUGAAGUGUGGAAUGUACUGCAAACUGGAAAUAAUGCUAGAGCAGUUGGAAGUAACAAUGUUAAUGAGCAUAGCAGUCGAUCUCACUGGUACCAAGACCUUGCUAAAAAUUUGUUGAAUGGGGACUGUACCAAGAGCAAGCUUUGGCUUGUGGAUUUGGCAGGUAGUGAGAGGCUUGCAAAGACUGACGUUCAAGGGGAACGACUUAAGGAAGCCCAAAAUAUCAAUCGAUCUCUAUCUGCUCUUGGAGAUGUAAUAUCUGCUUUAGCAGCUAAAAGUAGUCACAUUCCAUAUAGUCCAUCGGACCAGGACGUAGGUGAGACACUGAGCUCACUUAAUUUUGCAACUAGAGUGAGGGGUGUUGAGUUAGGUCCUGUUAAGAAGCAAAUUGAUACAAGUGAACUUCAAAAGUUGAAAACAAUGCUUGAAAAAGCACGGAGUGAUUGCAGGAUUAAAGAUGAAUCUAUGAGAAAACUUGAAGAAAAUUUGCAAAGUUUGGAGAGUAAGGCCAAAGGCAAGGAUCAAAUUUACAAAAAUCUACAAGAAAAGAUUAAAGAACUUGAAGGACAAAUUGAGUUGAAAAAAGCCAUGCAAAGUGAGUCAGAGAAACAAAUCUCUCAAUUAUCUGACAAAUUGAGAGGGAAAGAACAAACCUGCAGUUCUCUCCAACAAAAGGUGAGAGAGCUAGAGAGAAGGAUGAAAGAACAACUCCAGUCAGAGUCAGCAAAUUUUCAACAGAAGGUUUGGGAUCUAGAGAAAAGGCUGAAAGAUCAGAUGCAAGGCUCUGACUCUGAAUCUGUCAUUUUGAAAGAUAAGAUCAAAGAGCUUGAGAGGAAACUGAAAGAGCAGGAACAGAGCUCAAUGUCCAUGCUUCAUCAACAGAUGAAGGAACUGGAAGACAGGUACAGAGAGCGAGAGCAGCAUUGGCAACAAACACAGAGUUAUGUGGAUGCAGUAAAGGCCACACCAGAUAUAGGUAAAAAUUACAUGAAUGAAGAAUGUCCAAGUGAGAUUGAGGCUGGCAUUUUAAGGUGUUCAGACUCAGUAAACCGCCAGAUAAGCCGAGACUAUUCUUCGUUCAAAGGGAGUGAUUCCACCAAUAAGAUAAGAAACAAAAGAAGAGAGUUUAGAAGCAAUGAUGAAAACAACUUUGUCUUGCCAUCAUCGUUGCCCGAUAAAAAAGUCACCAGGAAAUCUGAUCCACCCAAAAUAGGGAGGAGUGUGAGGCCAUUAUCAAGACCAACCACUGCCAAUCAAGCUCCAGUCUCUCACAAGAGAGCUAGCACAAGCAGAGAUCUGGUUCAAGGAAUCAGAGAGAGGGAAAAUAAGAAAAAAAUUUGGUCAUGA